CGUCGCCUUGGCUUAAACGUCAUCACGUUGUGUUCGAAGGGGAUUGGUGAGGAGGUAAGAUGGCGGCGCCAGAGGAGCAAGAAUUAUCUCAGGCUCAGACUGAGAAACUCCUCCAGUUUCAGGACCUGACGGGACUGGAGUCAAUGGACCAAUGCCGGCGCACAUUAGAACAGCACAACUGGAACAUCGAGGCUGCAGUACAAGACAGACUAAAUGAGCAGGAAGGAGUCCCGAGCGUGUUCAACCCGCCCCCCGCCAGGCCCUUACAGGUCAACACAGGAGACCACAGAGUGUAUAGCUAUAUCGUCUCAAGGCCUCAGCCUAGAGGUUUAUUAGGUUGGAGUUACUAUUUGAUUAUGCUCCCGUUCAGGUUUACAUAUUACACACUUAUGGACGUAUUCAGGUUUGCCCUGAGAUUUAUUAGGCCGGAUCCACGGGGUCGCGUCACGGAUCCAGUUGGAGACGUUGUGUCCUUUAUGCAUAGUUUCGAGGAGAAAUACGGAAGGUCGCAUCCUGUUUUCUACCAGGGAACGUAUAGUCAGGCUCUGAAUGAUGCCAAGCGGGAACUCCGCUACCUGUUAGUUUAUCUUCAUGGUGAAGACCACCAGGACACUGACGAAUUCUGCAGAAACACGUUAUGUAGUGAAGAGGUAGUGACCUUCGUCAACACGCGGAUGCUGUUCUGGGCGUGCUCGACUAGCAGGGCUGAAGGCUACAGAGUGUCUCAGGCGUUACGGGAGAACACGUAUCCAUUCCUGGCCAUGAUCAUGCUGAAGGAUCGGAAGAUGACGGUCGUGGGAAGGCUGGAGGGAGUGAUCCAGCCCGAGGAUCUCAUCAACCAGCUUAACUUCAUCAUGGAGGCCAACCAGACAUAUCUGAUGUCCGAACGGCUCGAAAGAGAAGAGAGGAACCAGACGCAGGUGCUGCGGCAGCAGCAGGACGAGGCGUACCAGGCCUCUCUGCUCGCCGAUCAGGAGAAGGACCGCAAAAAGAAGGAGGAGCAGGAACAAAGACGGCAAGAGGAAGAGGCGGCGCGUCAGACACGCCUAGCCGAAGAGAGGAGGCAGAGGACACUCGUCGAAGAGAAGGAACGCAAGUGCGAGUGUCUUCCCCCCGAGCCGCCGCAGGCUGACCCAGACUGCCUGGAAAUUAUGUUCAAGCUGCCUAACGACACCCGUGUAAAACGACGCUUCCUCUUCUCCCAAUCUCUGGCGGUAAUCUACGACUUUGUUUUUUCCUUAAAAGAGUCACCGGAGAAAUUCCAGAUCUUGGCGAACUUUCCGCGCCGCGUGCUGCCGUGUUUGCCCACGGAGGAGCAGCCGAACCCUCCGACACUAAAGGAAGCCGGUCUGAGCCGCUCCGAGGUGCUCUUCGUGCAGGACCUCACAGACGAUUGACACUCAGCCCAAAACAAACAAACAAACAAAACAACAACAAAUAAAACCCCCUCCGCUUCUUCCUCACACGUACACGAUUGCACACAAACCCCCCCCCACCCGCCCCGUUCUGUCCGGCUACGUGAAAACGGCCACCUCGUGCAAGGGAUCGCCGAAUUUCCCUUUUGAUUAAACAUGGAUCUGCCCUACUCUCCUGACGGGUAACGCUGGAAGGUGAACAACCUUGUUUGUUGUAAAUAUGACCUAGAUAUUUAAAGACAAGCGUGAUCGAUCAUAAUAGCCCAGUCGUUUGUUUUUUCAUUUAGUUUUAAAGCAAAUCGAAGUCGACCGGCUUAACACGACACGAUGACCAUAACGAGGGUCUUAAGGUAAUGGGGAGGGGCGGAGCCACAGGUUAUUUCUCUGUGGUUGUGUACGUUAUUAGUAGUAAAGUCUGCCCAUAGUGUGCCUGUGGUCAUUCAUAAACGCCUCGUGUCUUUUCAUCCUGAACGGGCUGCUCAUGUAAAGAUGUAAUUUUCCUAUUCUAAAUUAAACAUUUUAAAACCGA